AUGGUUGAAGGACACCCUUUGGAGAAGGUUCUGAGUGCUAGUGCACUAACUUCAAGCAGUAACAGCUCAUCAAGAAGUAGUAUUCCCUUGACAUUUGAAGUCACUCAUCAACACAAGACUCAGAUCAAGCGGUUCCAGAAUGUGUUAACUAGUGAUAGUGCCACCCAAGAUGACGGCAACGAUGACCCUAGUAGAAAUCAAGGGAAUGAGGUGAGUGAACAAUUUCAUUUGCUGCAGUAUCCUGAGCAGCAUCAACAUCAACAUCAAAAUAAACAUCAACAUCAACAUCAGCAGCAGCACGAAAAAGGAGAUCUGGACGAGGUGCUCUGUACCCAACGGAUGUUCAGGAAACUAUCUACUGGGAGCGAUGAUGUGAAAAAGGUUUAUUCGCAUGCACAGCUAUCGUCCACUGCACAUGGAGUGAGAUUAUUAUCCAAAAAUCUAUCCAACACCAAAGUGGCAUUAGAAGUUAAGAAAUUAAUGAUAGUAACUAAAAGGCAAGAUGAUUCUUUGAUCUACUUGACAAGGGAGUUGGUAGAGUGGAUCCUUGUCAAUUAUCCAACGAUAGAUGUUUAUGUGGAAUACGGUUUUGAACGAAACGAAUCUUUCAACGCAAAAGAGUUGUGUAAAGACAGUAAAUGUGGUUCGCAUAAGAUUCAAUAUUGGUCUCCAGAAUUUGUGAAAGAACACGAAGAUUUCUUUGACCUAAUCAUAACACUUGGUGGAGAUGGCACAGUAUUAUACGUAUCAUCAAUUUUCCAAAAGAAUGUGCCACCGGUCAUGUCAUUUGCCUUGGGGUCUCUAGGAUUCUUGACGAACUUCCAAUUUGAAGACUUCAAACAUGCUUUGUCCAAGAUUUUACAAAACAAGAUUAAAACUAAGAUGAGAAUGCGACUAUGUUGUCAACUUUUCAGGAAAAGGAUCAAGAAAGUGGACGAGGAAGCACGCAAGACGCAUAUUAAGUACACAAUGGAGGGAGAGUACCAUGUUUUGAAUGAACUUACGAUUGACAGAGGUCCUAGUCCGUUCAUUUCAAUGUUAGAAUUAUAUGGAGAUGGAUCUUUAUUAACAGUGGCACAAGCAGACGGUCUGAUCAUAGCCUCGCCCACUGGAUCCACAGCGUAUUCCUUAAGUGCUGGUGGUUCCUUGGUAUACCCCAGCGUCAACGCUAUUGCAGUUACACCAAUCUGUCCUCAUACUCUAAGUUUCAGACCCAUCAUCUUGCCGGAUAGUAUGACGUUAAAAGUGAAAGUCCCAAAGGCUAGCAGAAGCACCGCAUGGGCAGCAUUUGACGGUAAGAACAGAGUGGAAAUGAAGAGGGGCGACUACAUAGUGAUAAACGCAAGUCCGUAUUCAUUCCCUACACUCGAAGCCCGCAGCACAGAAUUUAUUGACAGUAUCAGUAGAACAUUGAAUUGGAACGUCAGGGAAUCCCAAAAGUCGUUCACACAUAUGCUCUCAAGAAAGAAUCAACAGAAGUACGAAAUACACACCGUGAGAACCAGGCAGGAUUCUGAAGAAGAGGAAGAACUCGAAGACGACCAAAGUGAUGAUUAUUCUACUGACUCUGACAGUGAACUGAACGAGUAA